AUGGCGGCCGACGAGCUCCUGCGCGCUGGCGUGGUGUACCUCCUCGUCCCCGCCGGCCGGGCCUGUGCGCGGCUGGGCGACCGUGAGGUCGAGGCCAUCGGGAGGCUGGCCUCCGGGAAGAAGAGCUCGAGGAAGAGCAGGCCCGCCGGCGGCAAGAGGGUCUUUCCGGACGUCAACGGCGAGGACAACGCGGCUGAAGGUGACGGAAAGGAGGCUGUGUGUGCCGGUAAACGGGCCCGCGAUCAUGGACUUGGGCCCAGGCAAUGGAGGCCCGCCCUGGAUACCAUCUACGAGGCCUAA